AUGACGCAUUCUAUUAUGUAUCGUCAGGAGCUCCUGGUCAUAAUCAAUACUGCGGCCUUCACAAAAUCAGAGCUCCUUGACGAAACCUCCAAUCUCUUCGUCCACCAAAAGUACACCCAAGAUGAUCUGUGUGUCAUUGAGGAAACGCCCUGCAUAAUCGACAAGUUCUGGCAGACGUGCCUCGGCGAGCAAGACGCAUCGCCCCGCAGAUGUGGACACAGGUUUCCAAAGUGCCAAGCACGCCUUUUGAAAUUCUGGAAGAGAGCUGGAGGUUUAUGGCAAGAAGUGGAGAGAGCAGUGGAUGGAGUUGGGCUGUGUUUGAGGUAUAUGACUGUCAGCAAUGUCUGGACACCAUAG